AUGUACCCCGCCCCGCAAGAACAACGCGUCCUGGAGGAGGCUGAGAAGAUCAUGGUCGACUCUAUGGCAAAAUACGACCCUUCUCAUGAUAAACAUCACGUCCAACGCGUCAGGAAGACCGCGCUUGCCCUGGCACGCGCCGUAAACCCUACCCCAGAUCUCCUGAUCGUCGAGCUAGCUGCACUACUGCACGACGUGCUGGACAAGAAGUACGUGUCAGCCGAGCAGGCAGCGGACCCCUAUGCUUUCUUCCUCCCGUUCUUCACCCGCAUGAAGGCGGAGCACGGUGUCGACCUCAUUGCGGACGGGCGUGGGCAGACGAUUGCGAGAGUCAUGGAUAACGUUUCAUGGAGCACGGAGAAGAGGCUUAGAGAGAAGGGCGAAUGGACGGAGUGGCACGAGACGUGCGUUGAGCUGCAUUGCGUGCAGGAUGCGGACAGGUUGGACGCGAUAGGUGCUUUUGGUAUGUAA